UUUUGACGCGCGGCGCCGCUCGCGAAGCCCCUGAGUUUCAGCGAGAGUCGACUUUUCGCCUGAGAGAAAAAGGACCUUUCCUGUUUCAUCGGCCUCUUAAAACGAAACGCGGCGACGCUCGGGGGUGGACGGCCAACACCCGAAUCGAGAAGAGAGGAAGAGGGAGCGGCAAAUCGCUUCAGUUUCAUUUUGUUUUUUGCGUGCGUUGCUGCGACUCCCCAGGUGCUCCCCGUUGUCUUUUCUCUGCAUCUACAGGCUCGCUCACGAAGGCGAAAGAACUUUUUUUCCUGGCCUUCGCUGCGUGGCGCGUCGCGCGUUCUGGGCCGUUUUUUCAACUAAAGAGCAACCCACUCUAACACACUCUCUUUUUCUUUCUCUGUCCGAGGGUCCCAGCUGCUCCGACUGCCGCGCACCGUCAACAGCUUCUCCAAACAUCUGUUCUCUUCUCGCAGUUUCCUUCCUCCGAGGCGUCUCUCGCCUUGCCACUCACGCGGUCAAGCCGAAAGCGCCAUCGCUCUCCUCUCUGUCUCCUCUCUGUCUCCUCUCCGUCUCCUCUCUCGCGCUUCUCUCUCUCUCUUUGUGGCUUCGCUCUCGGCGCUGCAGAGUCUCUCGGUCCGCUUGCUUUCGUCUGCUCUUCUUUCUUCGCGGUCUCCUCGACUGCGUCUCUCAGGAAAUCUGCAGUCGCUGCUCUUUUUCAGCUGUCUUCCAGCUUCCCUCCUCCUGCAGGCUGCGUCUCCUCUCCUCUCAAGACAAGACCGUCACCUUCGUUGUCCGUGGGGACGUCGUCUUCCUUUCUCGGUUUGCGCGUUUUUUCGGCAGAGUUCGACUCCCCCAGUGGGGCGCUCUUUCAAAUCUCGCUCUCUCUCUUCUCGAGCAAGUUCGCCGUCUCUGGCGUCUCUGUGCGUUUUGUCGCGCCUGCCUCUUCUCUCGUCUGCGUCUGCAUCUCGCACUGGGGGGCCGGAAGGCAAGCGUCGCCGAAGGCGGCUCCACAAGUUUCCAGAGCGAAGGCGCCUUCGCGAAUCUCGGCGCAGCCGUCGGAAGGCGCUCUCCCUUCUCGCCGGAGAGCGUCGCGCGAGGAGCAGAGAGCAGAAGUUUUCGCAGAAGGUGUGGUGACCUUUCUUGCGCUGAGACAGCAGACCGCACUGAAACAGGCGAAGAGACUGGAUGACAAGAUGCCGAAGUACUACUGCGAAUACUGCGACAUCUACCUCACUCACUCGUCCCCUGCUGGACGGCGGCAGCAUGCGACUGGGCGCAAACACAUCAACCAGAAAAUCGAGUACUUCCAAAAUCUGAUUCGCGAGCCCGACUUCAUGCCGCCUCAGCAACUGGACUCGACCGUCGUCCAGCGAGCAGUGCAAGCGGCAGGCUCCGGACCUAUGCCGAUGGGUCCUACAGGCGGUCCAGGCUUUCAGCGGGGCUUCGGCGGCCGCGGGGGCUUCGCUGGUCGCGGCGGCUUCGCUGGUCGCGGCGGCAUGGACGGCGGCCGAGGAGGCGGCAGAGGUGGAUUUCCUCCCAUUGGCAUGUCGAUCGGACCUGGCGGCGGACCUCCAGGGGGGGGCAGGAGCGGCUCGAUGUGUGGCUCGCAUCAUCCGCAAGACAUCCGCAGUGGGGGCGCUCCGGGCCCCAAUUCGAACCACUUUCAGAGACCCAUGGGCCCGAUGGGCUUCCGCGGGCCCAUGGGCCCUGGGGGCCCCGGGCCACUUGGCCCCGGGGGCCUGCGCGGCCCGGGCGGGCCACCCGGGAACCACUUCGGGCCUCCAGGCGACGAUGUGGGGCCGCGGAGAAACAUGAGUGGCUUUGAUCGAGAGCGCAGAUAGAGCAGAAAGUGCAGCAGCUGUGGCUGUCGUAGAAAGGUCCCGCUUGUCUGUUUGCUGUCUCGUUGUUGCGGUCCGCGGAACAUGUGGAAGGAGGCCGCUUUAUUGCCGCCCUCUCGCUUGUCUGGCUUCUCACCUCUGCAAAGAGUGCUGUCGCUUUUGUGAUUUCGUUUGUUCUCCUUUCGUCUCUUCUCCAAACACACUAAAAAGCGUUCGAUGGUUCCGACUCAGAUAGCGGCCGAGAGGCCCUUCUCCCAGUUUUUUCGAAAGAUUUGCUCGGAAAGGAGAACGGGGUGGAAACUCCUGAGAACGGAAGGCGUUUCCCAGCUAGGAAGAAAAUCAACUCUCUUCCUUCUGGGAAUGCAAAGAGUAAAAGCGCUCUCCUGGAGACUCCAGUCACGUCACAGAAUGAAGAGACAGACAGCAACGCACUGCGGCCGUUACUCCCGAGGCUUGGCUUGCGCAGCCA